AUGGGUCUCCCGUGGUUUCGAAUCGUCAUGAUCAUCGUCAUGCUCAGCUCGGACGACGUCGAGGGCGCCCUGGCGUCGAUCGCGCACGUCGUCCUGAGCUGGAGCCUGCGAGAACUGUUGAGCGUGACGCAGCAGUGCGUGAUGAUUCCAAAGCUCGUGAAGCUCGGACAGGUGCACCCGGAGGCAUGGCGACGGGCGAAAAUCCCGUGGUUGGGAUUCGCGUUUCACUUCGCGAUCGCGGGGGCGAUGCAGUGGGGUUUAUACCGAGGCGGCAGCGCGCGCUUGGGAUUGUUUCUGAUCCUCACCGCGUACGCGUUACCGGUGUUCAAGAGCGUGAUGUAUCCUAGACUGUGGACGAUGGUUCCGUUCUUAGGGUUUGUGAUGUACUUCGUGUGGACACGCGACGGCGUGAGGGAGUUACUGGUGGGGUUGGCGCUGUUCCAAGGCGUGAGCACGCUGCAGGAGACGCGCGGGUAUUACUUUGGGACGAGCGCCGCGUGGUCGUUCGUAAUUUGGACCGUCGCGUUCGCGUGCACGGCGCCAAUUUUAGUGAUAUUCGCCGUGGCGUACUUCAAUUCGCCGUACUUCGAGCGCAUGAUCAAGUACAGGAAGCGAGCGAAGUACGCGAGGAUGUGGUGGUGGUUCGAGAGGUAUGCGUAUGUGUUGGGAUACGAGAGCGAAGAGGGAGACGAUCCGUUUACGAUACUCGGGGUGCGACGGACGGCGAGCACGGUGGAGAUACGCAAACGAUUUAGAGAUUUGAGUCUAAUGUAUCACCCGGACAAGACCGGCAACGAUUCGGUGAAGCGAGAGAUGUUCAUAAAGGUGCAGAAGGCGAUGGAGAUGAUAACAAAGGGAACGUUUGACGACGCUCGCCCAGACGCGGAAACUAUGGUUCAAAGUCGUGCCCUGGCCACGAUCAAGCGGUGCGGAUCGUUGUGGAGCCUGAUCGUCAUAUGGCUCGCGUUGUCGGUGCUUCAGGGAAUUGUAUUCCUCGGGCAACGUGCACACGAGCGACGCGAACGCGAGCUCAAUCCGGAUGCCUCAUCCAGCGAAGCCAACAAAUAUCCCGAGGUGCACAUCGGUCCCACCUUUGUCGGUUCCAGCAUUCUGGGCUUCACCAAAUCUCGUCAAAAUCAACGCCGCGGUGUCGAAAACGUCAACGCCGGCGGCGCGCGCGUCGUCGGAAACCGCCGAAUCGCCACCCCUCACGGACAGGUGCCUCGCUUUGAUGAGGUCGAACCGACCGAACCCGCCGAUCCCGAUGCCGAAGGUCUCCGCCGUCGGCGCACUCCCAUGCUCGAUCCCGUUGAAAACGUAGAAUUGGAUUGA